UCUUGACGUCAUAUUGGUGGCACUGUCCUGCGUUCCAACUUUACUAGUUGCAAGCCUCUUCCAUCGGUCUUUGGAUGUAAACUUUUCCGGAUUUCAGUUCCUUCAACCUGGGUCCUGCCAGUGUCCUAAAUGGCCAUUGAGAGGAAAGAAAGAGCGCAGGUGGAGACAUGGGGGGGGGGGGGGUCCACUCCUGCGCAUGUGCAGUGACCCGAGCGGAGGAGACGGGGCGUGGCCUGGGCGCGGAGGCUCCGCGCUUGCGCUCAGUUUUCUCGGUGCCACCGCAGCCGGGAGGCGACUGGAGUAUGUCAGCCCCGUUUGAGGAACGCAGUGGGGUCGUUCCGUGCGGGACGCCGUGGGGCCAGUGGUACCAGACGUUGGAGGAGGUGUUCAUUGAAGUUCAGGUCCCGCCAGGCACUCGCGCCCAGGAUAUCCAGUGCGGCCUGCAGAGCCGGCAUGUGGCGCUGGCCGUGGGUGGUCGCGAGAUCCUCAAGGGCAAACUUUUUGAUUCCACAAUAGCUGAUGAGGGAACGUGGACUUUGGAGGAUAGGAAAAUGGUCCGUAUUGUUCUAACAAAGACAAAGAGAGAUGCAGCGAAUUGUUGGACUUCUCUUCUAGAAUCUGAAUAUGCAGCUGAUCCUUGGGUGCAAGAUCAAAUGCAGAGAAAACUUACAUUAGAGAGAUUCCAGAAAGAAAAUCCUGGUUUUGACUUCAGCGGAGCAGAAAUCUCAGGAAACUACAGUAAAGGUGGACCAGAUUUCUCAAAUCUUGAGAAAUAACCGCAAUUUUCUCGCUGCAUUUUGUGGAUCCUAGCAGAUGUUGUCAGCUUAAUCAAAGGAACAGAUUAUGUGGUGGAAGAAAAACGUGGAUGCCUCCAGUUAACAAAUUGCAAAAAUAUAUUUAAAUAUGGUUCUAAAAAUUGCAUUCAAACAUGAUUUACAUAGGAAACAUCCUAAAUACUGUGGGAACUAUUCUAUUGAUAUAUGGUAACUUUUUUUUGAACUUCUUUUUUCUCAGCAUGAAUUUUUUAUAUGCUGCAUUUUAGUAAUUUCAUAUUUAACCUGGAUUUUUAAUACAAAAAAAUUAGGGUAUAGAUCAUGUGAGAUGACAGGUGCCUUCAGGGAAAAUUAAGUUUUUCUUUCAGUAAGUGUGAUGCAAGAAUAAUACUCAAUAAAGUUUUCUAAAUAGGAA